AAAUACAGAAUAACAGACCAAUCACAAAGGAUCUGAGCAAGCAAUUAGGGUUCUGGAUACCUGAUUGAGAGGCGAAAUGACGACUGAGUAUGGAAGCGGAGAUAGAAGUAUAAAUGUAGGAUUUGAAUCUGGGUGGCGGCGUCCGAGAGGCAGAUCGGUAGGCCAAGUGACGGCGGCUAGGGUUUUUAGGUGUGAAGACACUGCUCUUCUCCACAUAGUGAGAUGGAAUAUCUGCGGGAGAACUUGUGUUACGAUUUCAGGUCACUCCCUGGUAACAAAGCGAGAUCAGACUGCCGGUAAAGGAGUGUGGAAAAUGGGGCGGACGAUGGGGUUGGGGUUUACUCGUCUCAUCUCAUUCCAAGUUGGCACUGAGGUUCAGAACUAGGACUUGCCCGCUAUGUAGGUUGGGUUUUUUAAAUUAUAAAAUAAAAUUUUUUUU